AUGAAUAGAAGACAUAAUCUCCAUCCAUUCAACUUUCCGAGUUUACUAGGUCUUGAAAAAGUAUGCAUAUUUAAAAUUGAUUUAUUCAUCUGCAUUAAGUUCAGACUUACUGGCAAACUGCAAUGUAUCGAUAGUAGAAUUGUGUUGCUAGGAGAGAGAUGCACAGUGCGAAAGAGCCGCAGAAGAGGCAGGCGACAUAGUGUAAACGAUAGAAUAGGCUGUGAAUACUGUCAUAACGUGGCGGUAGUUUCCGAAGAGUCCUUUCGCUUUUUUAUGGAUCAAAAUCAGCAUGACGAGAUUUGUCACCUGAGCAAGUCCGAAUCCAAAAAACUGAAUUAUGUGAAGCGAGAUAUUCAUUACUCUUCUCACUUGAAUAAUAGUAAUGACAAUAAAGCUGUUAUGAAUGAGACAUUCUGUCAGAUUUCCAGACACUUCCGCCUACUCAGAAACGAAAACUCGAAUGUGCUGAAACUUCUCCAGAGACUGAAAACAAAGAAAAACAUCAAGCUACGUAGACGAUGA